AUGGACACCCUCUCGCGGCGUCGAGGGAACAUUUGGGAGGACGAGAUGACGUGGUCCGCGUUUCUUCGGACGGAAUUGGUUCGGAUCCUGAUUUUUGUUCAGCUUGACCACGGAAACUUUGCGAUGCAGGCCGGAAAGCAAAAGAAGAAGAAGAAGAAAAUCUCCCCGAACAAAAAGAAACCCAAGUACAAAGAAUAG